AUCUCAUCUUUCUCUCUCAUGGAUAGUACAAGGUUAAAAUCAAGUGCAAAAAAGAGCAAUUAAGAAAGUGGUGAACAAGAAUUCAAUUCCUUCCUCUUUCUCAAGAUAACCUCAAAGAGUUCUACUCAGGAAACAUAUGCUUUAGACAUCUUUAACCCUUUUUCCCUUCUGUCUAUCUCUCUUUCACGCCUUUGUUUAUUCUAAUGAAGUUGUGAGAAGUGAGAAAGAAGAGAAGAGAAGUAAUGCACAAGAGGAAAAUAAGAGAGACAAAACAAUAUGACUUGGUGCAAUGACAGUAGCGAUGUUCAGACCGUUGAAACAAUCAUUCCCUCCCCAACAGUGGCCGAGUCUCCUGAAGCCUCAUUUCAAGUCUCUUGUCACAAAACAUGUCCUUCUUGUGGCCAUAAAUUCAAGUUUCAUGAACAGGCGGGGAUCCAUGACUUGCCGGGACUGCCUGCCGGAGUGAAGUUCGAUCCGACUGAUCAAGAGGUAUUGGGGCAUCUUGAAGGAAAGGUAAGAGAUGACGCAAGAAAGCUUCAUCCUCUCAUCGAUGAGUUUAUCCGUACCAUUGACGGUGAAAAUGGUAUUUGUUACACCCAUCCUGAGAAAUUGCCAGGUGUGAGCACGGACGGGACGGUCCGUCAUUUCUUCCACCGACCGUCAAAGGCAUACACUACGGGAACAAGAAAGCGACGUAAAGUUCACACUGAUUCCGAAGUCGGUGGCGAGACACGGUGGCACAAAACCGGCAAAACACGGCCAGUUCUCACUGGAGGAAGAGUGAAAGGCUACAAAAAAAUCCUAGUACUCUACACAAACUACGGUAAACAAAAAAAACCCGAGAAGACUAAUUGGGUAAUGCAUCAAUAUCAUCUUGGCACCAACGAGGAAGAGAAAGAAGGUGAACUCGUCGUCUCCAAAAUCUUCUACCAGACUCAACCACGCCAAUGCGGUGGAUCCCUUGCUGCUGCUGCCACGGCAAAGGAGCGGCCUUACCUCCACGGCCAUCAUCUCGGUGGUGGUGGUAGUCACCAUCUUUAUCAUAAUAAUGGUAACGUUAAAGGCAAUGGCGGUGGAGGAUCCGCACGAGCCAGUGAGUAUUACAACAAUAUUCCAACGAUUAUCUCGUUUAAUCAAAGCGGGAUACAGAACCAUUUGGUUCAUGGCAAUCUAUGGGGGACGGUAGCUUAGUAAGUGCAAAAUCCAAUACAUAGUAAAAAUGAAAAUCAAUUGCCAAUGGUUGUGUGUGGUAUUUCAGUAAAACAAAAUUGCCACUGGUUGUGCGUGUCAGUGUGUUGACAACAUUGUAUCGAAAAUAAAAUAUACAUCACUAUGUACUUACUGUAUUACAUACUGCUACCACAACAUAUGCAAGAUCACUUUGGUACAAAAACAUAUCUAGCGAAAAUCAUAAAAAUAUUCACCAAA